GCUUACCGACGCAAAAUCAGGUGGUUGGCUCGGCACGCUAGGUUCCAUGGGAGGGAUAAUACAGACCAGCAUCAUCACACAGGUGUUGCUGAAUAUGCUGGAACUUGGUCUGGACCCACAAGAGUCCCUGGCGCGGCCUCGCUUUCUGCUCGGCUCUCCUAUAAGAACCCACCCUGAUGAUCCUCUUGUGGUGGAAGCUACAUAUCCAAAGGACCUGCUGCAGGCGCUCAAGAAUCGGGGCCAUAGCAUAAAGGACAAAUACGUAGACCCCCGAACACAUGGCGCAGGGCACGCCAACAUAUUGGCCAAGGCGUCGCUAUGGUGUGCCAAGGAAGAUGACCGAAAUACCGUCGGAGGUGCCGACGACGGUCCCACCUGGUGCGGUGUCGAACCUCGCAUCAGCGGCUCGGCCUUAGGGCGUUGA